AUGAGUUCACAACCAUCACCAGAAACAACGAUUAUUCGACAAAACCGUAAUACAGCUAACACAACUGUAUUAGAGCAGCGAACACUUACAACAGUAUCUCAGUCUACGUUGAAUGAUUCAGCAGAAGGUGAUGAUGAGGCUUUUCAUGUUGUACAUCACCAGCGUCGUCGAUUACAGUCGAGAGAAGCGCAAAAUGAGCAGUUUUUUGAUGCAACAACUUCACCAUCUUUACCUACAUCUGUUUCCAAGAUUUCAAAGGAAGCAGAACGUUUCAGUUGUGAAUUCAGAUUUCCGCCGGUGAAAAUUUCAUUUUCUAAUAUAAACGUUUUGUUUACUGAUCAGAUCACUAGACAGUUUAUUGUUGAAUUAAAACGACGAAAUAUUAGAACUCCUAACUUGGUUUCAUUUUGGCGAAUUGAUAGUACAAAGAAAUAUUUAUUUGUUUAUGGUGAUAACCGUGAAGCAUUCUCACAGUUAAUUAUGAAUGACACAUAUCCAAGUAGUAUUUAUGAUCAACAAUUUAAUAUUGAACAGCCUAAGAGUAUACCUUCACAGAUGAGUGUUUUAGCUAUGGGAGUUUCUUGUCAGCUAUCAGAAGUAGAAGUACUAGCUGAUGUUCAGGAGCAGUAUGCCUCUGGGGAUGUCGUCCUUUUCGGCUGUCCUGCAUCUAACCGAACACGAAAUGUUAAGGUCAACUUCCGUGACAGUCGUGAUUACACAAAAUGUCUGAAUAAUGGGUUCAUUUAUGUUAAUCAUUUGAAGCCAAUAAUGAAACGCUAUUUGGGUACGCCAAGGGUCAUGCUAUGCUCAAAAUACCAGGGAUAUGGGCACUUCCGAGCUAAAUGUACAAGUGCUCAUGAAUACUGUGCUGUCUGUUCUGCAGAAAGAUCUCUUGAUUCACCACAUGUGUGUACCAAUGUUACUAAGUGCAGAAAUUGCGGCGGUGAUCAUUCUUAUGCAUAUUCUCAGUGCACGGCAUUGUUACAGUAUAGAAGAGAAUUAAUUGAACAGCUGUUGGAAAAAGAUAUGAUCCCUAAUCAUGUACACAUACCUAAAGCAUUUAGAAGUCGUCUGGAAAGAGUUUUUCCUCUUACACCUGCACAAAAUCGUGUUACAUCUAAUGUUAAACAACAGGUUAAUCGUAAAGUAUCACCAAUGAAGUCCUCAUCUGUUAGACAGGCACAGUUAUUAACGUAUACUAAUGUUCUCAAUGGAACCAAUAGUGGCGAAGAUUCACCAAUUAGGAGUUGUAAUGUUAAAAACCACAUGCAGCAUUAUCAGCAACAGUUAUCGGACAUUAAUAAAGCUCAUGUUGAUACAAUGUUGAAUCUUAGUAAUCAAAUUAACAUGUUAAGUGUAAAAGUCGACUGUGUAUCAUCGAAAGUAGAACAAAUGAACCAUUUAGUUAGCAAAGUUGUAAUUCCAUGUGUAUCUACAUUAGCUCAUUCGUUAGUUAAAUUGAACGAAAAACUAUCUUGUAUGGAAGGUAAACCUGACAGACAGACAGUUUCUCUUUUAGGUAUAGAGGCUGAAGCAGAAAGUGAGAAAGUGAGAAGAAUGACAAAAUGUUUAGAAGAAGCAGUAACUGUGACUGAAACUAGUUUUUUCAAAGUUCAAGGAUUUUUUCAAGUUUAA